AUGUCAGACCGACAGGUCAAGGCCGACGCCGAGGCCUUGGUACCUCAAUUCAAGCUCGACCGUGUUCUCAAUCAGGACCAAGCUGGCCGCCGCACAAGCAUCCUAGGCACGAUCAACUCGAAGCAGGCGCUCCUCGUCCUGGAGCGUGCGCCGUUCCCCUCCUCCGCGGCCCAUCUAGCCUCCAUCCCGGUAUCGCUCGCCCGGCUGCGCAACCUCGGCGCCAACGACGUGUACAACUGGUAUAUGGCAAGGACGGGCACCGCGGAAGGACAAGGAAAGGCGCAAGGAGGACAGGACGAUGAAUCAGAAGAAGACGAUGGAAGCUUCUUUGCUGAUCUCAAGAUCAACCUCAUCUACCCCUGCACGGAGACGCACAUCAAAAAGUACAGCAAGCAGGGCGUGCGCUUCGUGACGGAGACGCCAGAGAUCUACGCCGAGCAGAUAAGGCCGUACAUCCAGGCCAAGAGGGAGCAGGGGCGGCUGAACUGGGUCUUCAACAUACUAGACGGCAAGACUGAGGUCGAAGACGUCAUCUACCGGACGCAGCCUUGGGGGGUUGAGCCAGCGCCAGCGUCGGCCUCGGAGGGAUCGGAGGGGUUUCUGCUCCUGCCGGACCUCAACUGGGACCGCAGCACCAUGGACGCUCUGCACCUGCUCGCUCUGGUGGAGCGGAGGGAUCUGUGGUCGCUGCGCGACCUGCGCAAGAAGCACGUCGGCUGGCUACGCAGGAUGAGGAGGCGCCUCGUCGACGCCACUGUGGCCACGUACCCGUGCCUAGAGGCUGACCAGCUCAAGCUGUACCUGCACUACCAGCCCACUUACUACCACCUGCACGUGCACAUCGUACACGUCGCGCUCGAGGCGGGCGCCACGCAGGCCACUGGUAAGGCUGUCGGACUCGACAGCAUCAUCGAGACCCUCGAGGUCAUGGGCGGAGACGGCGAGGCAGGCAUGGACCGUCUCGCCAUGAGCUAUACUAUCGGUGAGGCGAGUGAGUUGUGGGAAAAGGUGUAUGAACCUCUCAAGAGGUCUCAACAAUGA